CUGUAACGACAAUCCAGUUUGACCACUCCACAGUAUAUAAUUUUCGAGCCGGGUGCUCGAUAAAUUAAAUCCUUGCAUCAAACGGCCAUCACAGCCAUUCUCUUAACCCAGUCGCAUUGUGUCGUCCCGACAUCGUUCAUAUAGCUAGUUUUGCGAAUGUGAAAUUUAUGCAAUGGAUGAUCCCAAGCGCAAACAAACACACGAUAGUGGGGCCAGGCCUCUGAAGAGGAGCAAGGGAGGAAAUUUGGGCGCUUGGCAGACGCCGGCCCACAAGUCCAAAUUAGCCAUGCUCACUGACCGGGAUGCCGUCCUCCAGGUAGGAGAUCAGGGCAUCUGGGUGACCUUCGCUCGUGGCAUGGACAGGAAGGCUAUCAGCGAGCUGAUGAGUCUAUGUGACCAGCUCGGUGAAAAGCUGUAUAAUAUUGCGCCCCCACGAGAACAUUGCCAGUCGCAGGACGAGGAGGACAUCGAAGCCUCGAUUGAGAAAGAGCUCGAGGGGUUCAAGGCGGGCGGGCCUAAAAGGAGCAAUGGACUCUUCAAAGCAAUUCGUGCGGACAUAGACUGCGUUUUCUUCAUGAAAACUCGAGAGCCGGUGGAUCCGGUGAGCUUUUGCCGCAAGAUAUGCGAAGACGCCAAGUGUUGCUCCAACUUGCGAGAACGCAAAACGCGAUAUAUUAAUCGCCUGACUCCCGUGAGCAUCCUAGAUAAGGCGUCCGAAAAUGGCGUGGAGAGAGUAGCUAGGAAAGCUCUGGCCCCGUGGUUCGAUCUGCAAGAGGAAACCGAGAGUGAUAGAGCGAUAUCAAGCAACCCUGGAGACGAAGAGAGGCCGGCAUAUUCGUAUGCCAUCCGGCACUCCAUUCGCAGCAACACGGAGUUGAAGCACGGCGAGCUUAUCCAACGCAUUGCCUCUCUCAUCGGAUCCCGUCAUAGGGUCAGUUUAGAGAACCCUGACAAGGUUAUCCUUGUCGAUGUUUUUAAAAAUUUCUGUGGCAUGAGCGUGGUCGACGGGAGUGAAUGGGUUCAGUUGAGGAAAUUCAACGUAAACGAGCUUUACAAGGUAGGCUCCUCAGGGGCAUCUCGGGACACAGACCAAAAAAACAUAGGCGGCGAGGUGCCGGGCCCGGAAGUUCAGCUCCAAGAAGGGUAAGGGCGAGAGUAGAGGUGAGAUCAAGACGUCUCCAUUACCGCGGCAUGUUGAAACGGGAACGGUUGUUACAUAUGUGAUCUUGUAUUUUUCUUUCUAACACUAUUUGUCGCAUACAAGCGGAAACUCGGGCUGCACUCGACUUCAAAUGAUAUUCGACGGAGCGUAGGGAGUUCGUAUAGGUACUCGU